AUGAGCUCAAAUAAACCCAAGAUAUGCAUUUAUUACCUGAAGAACGCCUGCCAACGUGGCAGGAGCUGUGUUUACCUCCAUCAAAGACCUCCACUGAGCUACAGCAAUAUCAAGUCCUCCAAGUCGGGAUGCAAAUACUACCAGCUCGGCAAGUGUGCCUACGGGGACAAAUGCACACGAGGACACGAUCCUGGUCCCAGCACGAAGACCAGCACUCAAACAAGCGAUAAACGAAAUGGAUCUUCCAGUUCUCGAGGCCAUUCCCCGAUGGGUGCUGGAAGCAGUGGCAGUCAACGUGGUCAGUCCGAUGCGGAAUCUCAGCACGAAAAACAACAGAACGGAGGUUUGGGCGAUCAAGACACCGAUCCCUGGCAGUCUCCCGGAAUGCCAGAAGAUCCCUCCUUUGAUCAGCAGCAGGAGAGCUCAGCCAAAGCAUCUUGCAUUUUCUACACGCAAGGGGCGUGCCUUGCAGGGGAUACGUGUGAGUUUAAACAUGAAGACCCUCAAGCGCCGGCGUCUCCUCAGUGUCAAGGGAAUGCUGCACCAGACGAGCAUGUAGUCGCCGCGAUGAAGAGAUCGGUCUGCAGGCAUUAUCUGAAAGGAAACUGCACCAGUGGUUUGCAGUGCAGGUACAAGCACACCGUCUUGGAAUACAAGGAAUCAACGGAACCUUCCGUGUCGAAUUCCAACCUAGAGUCUUCCUCUUUUUCGAAUCCUUUUGAUCGGUCUGCGUCUGGUGGGCCUGACGCAGAUGAGGAAGGCAUUGGGCAAUCGUACGAAAACAACAACGGCGAACAAGAAGAAGAGGCCGAGCAACCUCAUCAUUCUGAACGAGAUAUCACGGAAAGUCUCGAGUACGCCGCUUCAGAUCCCCCAGACGAGGAAAUCGAUGAAGACGAACAAGAAAUUUUUGUUGAAGAAGCAGAGGUGCAACGUAAACCUGAUGAAUAUAGCGAUGAAAGCCAAUCUGAUGAGGAGGAUCACUACAAUUCUAGGAAGGAUUCUUUGCAUAGUCCACGACAAGGCUGGAGCCUUCACGACUCGGCGACAGCAUCUCAAGGAAUUUCAGGAGCACCUCAGAGGUUAAGUGGAUCCAACGACCACAACACAAACGGCCAGCCAUCAGUACCAUCACCUCCAAUUGCCAACACAUCGCCUAUGAUGCAGCCAACGAUCCAACCAUCACUACCUCAAUAUCCGCACGUCUCCGAAGUAAAGCUACAUUGGAGUCAAUUCGCUGAUCCGCUCGCCAAUCCAAACACCCCUUUCUGCAAGCUCCAUGCUCAAGGACGAUGUUUGCUGGACGAAGCCUGUCGUUUCCGUCAUUCACUUACGGUCGCGGAAUACAGCUCUCUCUUCCACGACCUCCAGCCGAACUUAUGGACCCUACAGCGUGUGGCAAGUUCAUCACAGAUGCAACAGGAAUGGCAGCAAAUUCCUCCAAUAGCACCGCCAUCCGUUCCAGUCCACCAAGCAGUUGACAUUCAGAGCCCACAACCACCCCUUUCUACCCAGCCAACAGCCCAAGCGAACCUUUCUACAUCUACAUUUGGUCAAGAGUGCAAAUUCUACCCUAUUGGAAAAUGUCGCAAUGGAGAUUUGUGCCCAUAUAAACAUACUCAACACCCUCCGACUGAGCUACAGGAGACAACAGCCAAUGGUUCUGACGACUGGAAUUUCGGUGCUCAUCGACCGACUUCAAACCUCCCUUGUAAAUUCUUCGCUCGGCGCGGGGUUUGCGACAGAGGAGACACGUGCAGGUACCGACAUGGUGAUGGUGGAUAUCCUUCCUCCAGGCCUUCUGGGCCUCAGUCUUCUCCAAGUUCAGGAGAGGACGAAGCCAAUGGUUGGACUUCCAACUGGGAAAGUAAACAUGAUGACAAGGAGCACGGCCAAGAUGACAAUGGUGGAAACGAGUGGACGGCACAACCGGAUGAAAGCGGUUGGGGUGAGACCCCAACAUGGGGGCAAACCAACUCUACCUCUCGCCCCCGGCCGACGAAACCUUGUUUCGAUUUUACGAAAGGACGGUGUCGACGAGAAAAUGCUUGCAGAUUCUCGCAUGACAUGGAACCCAGGAAUGGAGACCAGAAGAACUCCUGGGCCUCCGGAGGCGAUAGUUGGCCGCCUCAGGACGAUGCAUCGGGGUCUGAUCCAUGGGGCCAGCAGGGUGCUGGAGGCGCCCAGCAACAAGAUGCAAACGAUGAUAAUGGUUGGUCCCAAUCAUGGGAGCAAGAGCCAUCCCCGCAAGCAGUUCCUAUGAAGAGCAACAUUCCAUGUAAAUUCUUCGGCCAGGGGUAUUGUCGAGAAGGAGAUAAUUGCGCGAUGAAGCACAUCAAGGAUAGUAUCGCUACUGUGGGGCAUGACGAAAAGGACUCCGAAUCACCGCCCACGGCUCCUGCUGCCAUUGAGAAUGACGAGAGGAACGACACAUACGUGAACGAACCAGUGGGCGAGGAUGAAACAGCGGAGCCCACUCAUCAAGAAGAGGAGCCCGAGCCUGAAGAAGAGCCCCGACCUGAAUCUGAGUCUGAGUCUGACCCGGAGCUUGAGCUGGACCCAAUCGUUUUUGAACACCAGGAUUUCGAUAAAUUCAUCCUCAACUCAUUAGUACGGUUUGGAUCUGAUUCUACCCCAACUUCGGUGACGACAGCUGCUGAAUCGUGUAAACUCGUCCUCGCCAACCUUCCCCCCGAAGUCAUACCUCACGACAUCAACGUCUUGCUGACACCCUACGGGGAAGUCAGAAACUGUCGUAGUUUGGACGAGACCGCAGAUUCCGCUACAAUUGAAGUUGAACUGGACACACCCGACCAGGCGAUGGAAGCGUUCAGAAAAUUGCAUGGGUCCGACUAUGAAUCUCGGGAAAUUGAGGCGUCAAUGAAGACUAGGAUCACGUUGACGAUGAGGUCGCCGAACGAUGGAACUUGCCUCAAGGUUUCCUGGCCGAAGGCGACGGCCUCUGCCUGGAGUCAUUACCCAAACAUCAGGAAAGCAAAAUCGGAAGCCACACGCCUCGACGGCGCGAUUCUCGGCGGUCAACAAAUCAAAGCCACCUUUGUAACUCCAAAUAAACGCCAGAGAGACUCAUUCGCGAUCGACCUACGCAAUUUGCCUGCGACUGUCACCAAGGCUGAAGUCGAAGGCCUUUGUAUUGGGAGCACCCUUGUGACCUUGAACCAGCCCUCUUAUUCCGAUGAUCCUGUGGAGAGAAUCCGGGAUGCACUGUCCCACUUUGGAGAGGUGGACUUUGAUGUUGUCCCUUCUCCAGAGAAUCAGGUCACGUCCAACACCUUGACCGCUUUUGCGACAUUCAAGAGUCAGACGAUGGCCAUUGAGGCGCGGGAAGCCUUAGACUCUAAACACCAGGAAUAUCUUGGGAAGCAACCGCUCUCUGUCCGGUCUGUUCAUUAUUGCCGCUACAAGAUUUCACGGACGCUUUUCACCACCUUGCAGAAGGAGGUUGAUCGUCUGGCAGACAAAGGGGGAAAGGAAUGUGUUAUACAAUACAACGACUACCGCGAUGGGAACCAGAUCCGCGUCCAUUCAGUGCCAGAUAAGCAGGCAACCUUCGCGGAUAUUAACGGCGAGUUGGCGUCUCUUGUUCGAGGACAGGUCCUUGAAUCAGACGAAGGGUAUGUGUGGAGCACCUACUUUGAAACCUCGAGUAGCGCGAAGGCAUUGAAACAGCUUCCCACCGACGCCCUCAUCCACUGCGACCAGCGUGCGAAAUGUGUCAGGAUCUUUGGAUCGAAGGCUGACCAGGUCAAAGCAAAGUCUCUCAUGUUCAAGCUCCUAUCGAAAGUGCACGCCCAACAGCACGAGUUGGAUGUUCCUCGGCCGCAGUUGCAUUUGCUGCUUAAUGGCCUCUUCGACUCUCUCCAGACGGAGAUGGGAUCCCCGAAACUAGAUCUCGAUGUCAUUUCUUCCAAAGUCAUUGUUCGAGGAACACAAGAAGACAUCUCGAAAGUGAAGGCCGCCGUCGAUUCUUUGGAUGAUACGCCUGUGCAACAAUUCAGACGCGGGCACUGUCAGAUAUGUCAUCAACCACCAAUGGAUCCUGUCUUACUCUCCUGUCGUCACGCGUAUUGCAAGGCCUGCAUGAAGAAAGCCGUCGAAUACGCUGGACACGCGCCCCUUCAGUGCAUCUCACAGAAACACAAUGCCGACGGUGAAGUUGUGCAGUGCGCCGCAUACGUCCCAUAUGCUGUCAUUCACGACAUAUUCAUUCCGGCCGAAGAGAAGGCAUUCCUACAAUCAUCGUUCUAUGCGUACGUGCGUUCAAGGCCGGGUGAUCUCUUCUUCUGCCCGUCUCUGGACUGCAUGGCCGUUUACCGAACAGGAGAACCUGGGUUGAACCUGAGGUGUUCUUUCUGCAUUUCGGAAAUAUGCACUUACUGCAAAUCCCAUGCUCAUAUUGGCUUGACGUGCAUUGAAAUGAAGAGAAGGUAG